CUAUUUUCUUUGGGUUCUUUUCGCGAUUCGCCCUCCCCCUGUCUUCUACGCCCUGUCUAGAACCUGACAGGCAUAUGUCAUAAUUCUGCACCGGAUUUAUAUUCGCCUGUCACACCCACCUCGAAACCGGUCAUCAGAUUCCACGAAAAACGCCACUGAUCCGAUGCCAUGGGUAAGAAUAAGAAGGGAGGCAAGAAGAAGAACAGCAAUAAUAAGCAACGACUCCCGGUAAACGACAAUCAAUCCUCCAAAGAGCACAUCUCCUCUCCUGAUCCGGCCCCGGAAGGCGCGGUGGAUGUCGGAGAAGAUGGACCAACUACCGACCCAGUAUGCACAACUUCCCAAAUUUGAGUACCAGACUUUCGAGCGUCAUUAUCAGACCUUCGACCGUCAAACUUUUAAAUUUUCAUAUUACCCUGUCAAUCCUUCAUCUUCAUCUGCGGAUCAUCUGACGCCGCCUAAGGAUCAGGACAACAACAACCCCGUCGAGCCACAGACAGACCCUGCCCCCGAGAGUGCUCCGGAAGAUGGAUCAAGUAGUACCCCUGCUGACAGUACAUCGUCUCCUGAGACUGAAGACACAUCCGAAGCCACAACACCGCCAGCGGACGAGGGUGAAGAAGCCCCCAACGAUACGGGACCAAAGGAGGAAGGCGAGAGUCCUGCUCCAGAAGCAGAGGUGUCCGCACCCGCACCCGAGGAUGGCGCUCCAAGUGACCAACCUGCGGAAGACGCGGCUCCAGACGUAGAGCCGGAACAGGCCGAAGAAGCCGCCCCGGCAGAUGCAGGUGUCACGCCACCGGAGGAGAACAAUGAAACCCCCACCGAUGGUACGCCUACAAUCUUUGAUAGUUCCCAAAGUCAGCUGACCUUACACUCCGAGGACGACUUUCCAGAGUGCGAUCCUACAGCAGAACAAGACCAAGUCGAAGCCGAAAAGGAAGAAGCCACGAAGCAAGAGGCCGCGGACGCCGCGCCGGAAGACGAACCGCCAGCAGUGACCGAAGACCUCAUUGAUAUCGACGGCGACAAUGCCGAGCCCGACGCCGCAGCAGAGCCUCCGGCCGAAAAUCAGGAAGAGGGUGACGCGCCUCCGAAUGGCGAUGAUGCCUCAAAUUCCGACGACGCGGGUGCGGAUGGAAGCGGUGAUGCGGGUGCAGAAGAGCCAGCUGCGGGCCCAGAGCCUGAAGCUGAAGCCGAACCCGAAACUACAGAAACUGCGGACGAGACACCCGUAGAAGAAAGUGCGCCAGAACCGGUCGAAGAGUCAGCUGCAGAGCCUCAACCUGACAGUGAGCCAGCUGCUGCAGAAGAAGAAGAAGCAGCCGACGUCGCCGAAGAGGCUUCGCCCGAAGAGGCUACACAGCCUGAAGCAGCCGAAGAAGCUACAGAGGAUGCACCUGCUGAAAUUCCUGCCGAGGAAUCUGCGCCCGUGGACGAACCCGCAGGUGAGAGCGCCGACGCAGACACUCCAGCUGGAGAGGCUGCUGCCGACGAACCCGCGGGUGAGCCUGAGGCAGAAGCCCCAGCUGCCGAUGAGGAACCCGAGGCAGCAGAGGCAGCAGAGGCAGCAGAGGCACCUAGUGAAGAAACGCCGGCUGAGGAAGGUGCGGAUGCGACUGAUGAAACACCUGCUACGGAGCAAACUACGACUGAGGAGCCAGCUGUAGAGGAACCGCCAACCGAGGAAGCUCCGGACGCAGAACCUGCAGUGGAAGAAGCUGCUCCUGAGGAAGCUGCCCCUGAGGCUGAAGCACCCGCAGAAGAAACGCCUGCCGAAGAAGUACCUGCCGAAGAAGCACCUGCCGAAGAAGCACCUGCCGAAGAAGUACCUGCCGAAGAAGCACCUGCCGAAGAAAUUCCUGCAGAAGAAGUGCCCGCAGAAGAAACUCCUGCAGAAGAAGCACCUGCUGAGGAAGAGCCUUCUCCUGAGGAACCAGCUACUGAAGCUGCACCUGAAGAGCCUGCCCCUGCUGAGGAGCCUGCUAAGGAGCCUGCAGCUGAAGAGGCUAUUGAGGAACCUGUUGAAGAAACGCAUGAAGAAGCUCCGGCCGCUGAAGAUCCUGAGCCAGCUGAGGCUCCACCAGAGGAACCAGCUGCGGAAGAGCCUGCCGCCGAAGAGCCCGCCGCCGAAGAGCCCGCCGCCGAAGAGCCCGCCGCCGAGGAAUCAGCACCUGUCGAAGAGCCAGCUCCCGAAGAGGCGGCUCCCGAAGAAGCUGCCCCCGAAGAAGAUGCAACUCCUGAAGAAGUGACUCCGGCCGAGGACCAUGCACCAGUUGAAGAACCUGCACCAGUUGAAGAACCUGCACCAGUCGAAGAACCUGCACCAGUCGAAGAACCUGCACCAGUCGAAGAGGUUGCUCCUGUUGAGGAAGCAAUUCCCGAGGAAGAACCUGCGCCGGCCGAAGAGCCUGCUCCUGCGGAAGAACCAGCACCGGAAGACGAGCCAACGCCCGCUGAGGAGCCCGCCGCUGCUGAGGAACCUGCCCCUGAGGAAAAGCCGGCUAAGGAGGCUGCUCCUGAGGAAGAAGCUGCGCCAGUCGAGCCAGCUCCAGCGGAAGAGCCUGCAGUCGAGGAACCCGCUCCCGAAGAGCCAGCUGCUGUUGAGGAAGCUCCCGCUGAAGACGAACCUGCGCCCGCCGAAGAGCCCGCUCCGGAAGACGAACCUGCACCCGCUGAGGAAGCCGCGCCUGUCGAAGAACCAGUUACUAUUGAGGAACCUACGGAAGAACCUACGGAAGAACCUGCGGAGGAACCUGCGGAGGAACCUGCUCCAGCAGAUGAACCAACACCCACCGAAGAGCCCGCCCCUACCGAAGAACCAGCUGCUGCUGAGGAGCCUGCUGAGGAGCCUGCUGAGGAGCCUGCUGAGGAACCUGCUCCAGUCGAAGAGGCUACACCUGCGGAAGAACCAGCACCCGCUGAGGAACCUGCUCCGGCUGAGGAACCUGCUGUCGAGGAACCCGCACCGAUCGAGGAGCCUGCAGCGGAAGAACCGGUCGUUGAAAGGGAAGUUUACGAAGAUGACCCGAGCGCAGAGCCCGCGGAUGAUGAACCAGACACUACUCGUUCCUUCAAGGAUGAAGUCGUAGCUGGAGCCGCCGCCGGGGCUAUUGCAGGGGGCGCCGCUGCAGUAAUGCAGCCAUCUUCCUCCCGCAGAAGACACAGAAAAUCCCCCGAUGUCGAAUACGAGCGCAAAGAGUCAAGAAGCUCUUCCGAUGGAUACCGAUCAAUGCAACGACAGAAGAGUGAACGCGCCGGCAUUACCGGCCGAUGGGCUGAAGCACUCAAGGAAUCCAGGAGAUUACAUGGAGAGAAACAGAAGCAAAAGGUGGUUGUUGUCGACAAAGAGCGCCGUUCGUCAGAGCGAGACAGGGAUCGCGAUCGGGAUCGUGACCAGGACCGCAAUCGCGACCGUGAUCGUGACCGCCCUCGAGACCGUGAUCGUGAUCGUGACCGAGACCGUUACCGCGAUCGUGACCAGGGCCGCGAUCGGGAUCGUGGCCGCGAUGAACGGGAUCGCGAUCGCGAUCGUGAACGUCCGCGACGCUCCGAGCGAUCUGGAAAAUCCGGGAACUCAGAGCACUCCGAGCGUUCGACGAGCGGCAAGGAGAGCGCACCAACUCGAUCGUCCAGACAACGCUCUGACCACUCAGGCAGCCAGGAAGGCGAACAAAAAAGCAGCUCCUCGUCGCGCCCCAGCGUGCAGGCAACCGCGCCCAAGCCUCGCUCUUUCUUUAAAUACGUGACCGAAGGGCAGUCUGACACCAACGGACCUCUCCUGAAGAUUAACGGGGCCAGAGCCGCUGCCAACGUCUACGACCGUCCAAGAAGGCCCUCCCAUCAAGGCCACCGCUCGUCGCAAGAGGGCAAGAGCACCAGUGACCGCUCCGGUGGAUCGGGAUCGCGUCCCGACGACGAUGCGGAAGCCCGUGCUCGGCGUGAAGCUCGCAGAGAGCUUCGCAAGAAAGCCGAACAGGAGGAAGCAAGGGCCAAGAAAGAGGCAAGAGCGAGGGAGCAGGAGGCCGAACAGCGCCGCUCCCAUCGCAGCGGAGAACAUCGCCAUCGUCAUCAUCGACGUCGUGAGCCGUCGCCUCCUCCGAGCGGAGUCUCCAAAUUGAAAGAUUUCUUCAAGGCGGCUGUUGCUGCGCACUGAGUGCUCUUUCCUUUCCCCCUUAGUCUCGGACGUCUACAAUCCAUCUACCUACCCAUUCAUUUCCUUUGUUGGAAAACCCCCUUUCUUUCCCCUUCGACAUGACAUAUUACUUACUUCUUUGUACUUGUCCCUACUUUCCCCUAUAUUUAUCAGUGUUUUGCCUGUUCAUUGCACAGGGUUCAAUUGAUGCAUCAGCGGUUGGGGCAUUCGUGGUUACUUGUCAUGCAUUUUAGCCCUUUCAGUUAUACUGUUGUGUAUCUUAACGUUGGACUGUAUGUUGCAAAUGAUGAUUAUGACCUUCUUCUUGAUAAGUGGAUAUUCUGUAAUCUUCUUUCCUAAACGUAUGUGCUUGCGUUCUGAUUGUGCGCGCC